AUAUACAAGAACAGAGAGCCGAGCCGGCAGACGUUAGCUGAGAAAGAGGUUUCAACGCAUGGAGGUUUGCCUUUUCUUUUUUUGCAAAGUAACAACAAGAAGAUUUGAAGCUAUGACACCGUUUGUGGUUGUUCUGGGGUUAGCGCUGGUUUUUGGAGGUGGUCAGUGUCAGGAACAUGAAGUGUUGGUGGCUCAUGGUUCUGUAGCAGUUCUGCCAUGUAUGGACGAGUCCUCUGCGCUCUCAUAUCCUACUGCAGUCUACUGGAGCCGGAUGAACGGAGAUGUAAUGAAGACAGUUUGGCGGCGAGAGAAGAGCGGGUUAGAGUUUCGUUCGGUAAGAGACCAACCACGUGCAAACUGCCCCGUUCCCAACUUUGGAAAGGGCGAUUACAGCCUUCACAUCACUGGAACGACGAUUAAAGAUGGAGGAAAGUACGUCUGUGAGGUUGAGGGAAAGACUAAGAUGGUGAAGGUCUUCGUGCUCAGGGUUAUAAGAGUGUCGUUUUCUCCAGCAAUUGUGGUUGAGGGCUCAAGAACGGAGGCAACGUGCGAUGUUAAUCCUACGACACCAUUUGUAAAGGUUACCUGUGAAAGAAACGGCCAUUUUAUAAGUAAAACCGGCCUCUCUAACGUGUCUCAAAGAGAUGCAGGAAUCUGGACCUGUCAGGUUUCAAGCAGCGGUCUGGUAGUAGAGACAACCGCAGACCUACAGGUUAAAGGAAUCUCCACCCCUCAGGAUGACUUUUCAGUGUUGUACGCCGCUGUUGGUUCCUCCGUCUCCUUGCCCUGCCUGUUUACUGAUGGUCUGAUCCCAAACACUGUGACCUGGAACAGAACCGAGUCUCCUCGUCCUCUCCCUGCGUCUUUCGACUGGUCUCUUGGGUCCGCAGCGUCUGCCACUAUACAGAGAGUGGAGGAUGGAGAUGAAGGGAUGUAUACGUGCUCAGGAAGGAUGCAGGGAUUGACAAGAGAGGGAAUUAAAGUACAGAGAAGGAUGGAGCUGGUUGUUGCUCGAGUUUUGAGCUCCUCAUCAUCCAGUGGUAACGGACCCGUGACCCUGACCUGUCACCUCAGCAACUCCGACCAGAUCACUUCCUAUGAAUGGCUCCGUGUAACUUAUGGACCAAACGACACUCAAACAGUGACCUCUGUUCAGAAGACAAAUAGCUUCAGGAUUAAACAAGUGACUGAGGAACAUGCUGGUGAAUGGAUGUGUCGGUACUACGGGAAACAAGGAGUUAUGGGGAACGUGACUUAUCAGUUUCACAUCAUGGGUGCUCUAAAGAAUGAACAGUCAAGUCCUGGCAAUAAAACCGCUAUGGUGAUGGGAUUAGGAUUUUUGUUCUUGGUGAUAUUCCUGGUUUUGUUCCAGAUGUACAGAAACUAUCGCAGGAAGAAGGCGAUCUUGCUUUACCCAGCGAUGGAAACCAUCGUCCACCAGGCCACCACUGAACGAGAGCAGAGACAACAGAGCAAGGCUAAGAUGACUGAACCUUGUGUUGGAGAUCCCAGAUCAGUGUGUGUGUAAAUGUGUGUUUUUGUGUGGAAAUUUUGUGUGUUACUUUAUGUUAAUGUGUGCAUUUAAAAUGCAGACAAUUGUAGCAGUCCAUUUAAACUGUAAAUAUAUUACCGACAUAAAAAUCUAUAGCAUUUUGAAUAAACUAAUUUUUGGUGCAAAUA